AUGCGCUAUAAAGAUCUGGUCAUGCCAGGAACCACGUGGAUCAAGACGUUUACGUUGGAACACGACUCGAUACUCUAUUCGAGAGAUCCAGAUUGGUAUACGUUCCGUAUUGCACAUUUACCCUCAGAUUUGACAUCCUCACCACACCCCGUAUCAAUAUCGAUGAACAACAUACAAACCGGCCCACCUAUACAUAAGUACUACCAACCCAGGAACACCGAACUGCACGAUGUGAUGCUAGCAAGAUUGUACUCUCCAGAACAAGAUACCUAUCGCGUGCUUUCGUUGGAUUUAUUGUCGGACUAUGAUGAUAUUGCGGGUAUGCACGUCAAUGAAGCAAGCACGAUACUGGCUAUUUGGACGGAUUCGAAUACGGUUUAUAUAUAUCGACGGAACGCGUCGCCUCACAAUCGCGUGGUGCCACUGGGCUGGUCACUGCGUAUGGUGAUCAAAGAUUUGAAGGCAGCACGCGUGGGAACGAUUGCAUUUUGGGAAAGGCAGGAAAAGAACUAUAUGGUGAUAGGGCUCAAGAACCAAAAAGUGCGGUCCUAUUUGAUUGACGAAUCUGAACAAGCUGAAAAGCCGGGCUUUUGGCACUUUUUAAUAGAGCGGUGGAACAUGUUGACUGCCAUGUCGGUAGUAAUAGCAGUGUUUGUAUUUAAUGAAUCACACAGACCUUCGGUUUGA